CCCCCACCCCUCCACACACACACACACACAAACACACACACACACACACACACACACACACACACAUCUAUAGGUUCAUGCUGCAGCUUUAACUUGAGCUGUCAGAGUCAGAGAUCGGUCCAUGGAGGAGGAUGGAGCUGUGGACUUUGCUUCUUCUUCGGCUGCUUCACCUACAGCUCGGUGUGAGUGUCCCCCUCCCCCCCCCUUCUGACGUCUCCAUCUCUUCCUUCAACAUGGAGCACUCACUCAGCUUUCUGCCAGGCCCACAAAGCCCGGCCCACACCCGCUUCACCAUCCAGACCCUCAGACUCAGCAGGAGGAAGCCAUGGAGGUCUGUGGCUGCGUGUUCUGAGCUGACGGUCGGACAGACUUGUAACCUGACCCGAGUCUUCAGGGACCCCUUUCAGUCCUACCAGGCCCGAGUCCAAGCCUUCACAUCCAGCCAGACCUCCAACUGGACAGUGUCUGGAGUCUUCCAGCCUCUGACCGACACGGUUUUUGGACCUCCUGGCCUUUCAGUGUCUGGCUGUGGAAACUGUCUGCUGCUGCAGUUAACACCUUUGACCACAGGGGGGCUCCAACAGCAUAAGCAGCUGAGAGACCUGUACAGGAACCUGGACAUCCAGGUUAAGAGGACCAGAGACGGUGCACAGUUCGUGUUGAGUGUGCCGUACACUGAGCACACAGUCAUCUCGUACCUGCAGACAGGUGUGGAGUAUUGUGUGAGUGUCAGAGUGAGCUCUCUGUUCACCUCCACCUCUCUCUACAGUCAACCUCAGUGUGUCUACACAAGCCCACCUCCACCUGGACUCACAGCAGUGUUGAUGGUGUUCGGCCUGGUGGGGGCGCUCUGUGCUCUUGGCCUCCUCUUCAUUGGUCUGGUCAUCUUCAGAGGCGGACGGAGCUUCAGGAGACGACGCCUACUUACAGCUCUGAGUGUUUGUCUGUGACGCCUGUGAUUCCUGAAGACACCACACGAGGGUGCCAGCGUUCCAGCGUUCUUCUCCGUCUGUUUGUUUCUUAUAAAACUUUAUUUACCCUCCAGGAUGAA